CUGCACGACGCGACGCUGGACGACGCCGUCAUGUCCAAGGCGAAGCUCUCCGGCGCCGUCCUCUCGGACGCCAGCCUCAAGCGCGUCAACUGCGGCCAGUGCAAGCUCGACCGGGCGGAUCUGACGCGCGCUGUCCUCGAGUUCUCCGACUUCACGGGCGCGAACCUGGCGGGCGCGAGCUUCAUCAAGGCCAACCUGCUCGGCGUCUCCUUCAAGGACGCCACCGUGAGCGGGGCGGACUUCCGCGGCGCCUUGCGGGACGGGUGUGCGGCGCUGGCGGGGCCGCACGCCGUCUUCGACGCGUGCCCCGAUCUCCGCAACGCCGACCUGCGCUGCGCCAACCUCGAGGGCGCCAUGAUGAGCGGGGUCGACUUGAGCGGCGCCGUGCUCGACAGCGCGAACCUGAUGGGCGCCUCGCUCACCGACUCCGACCUCACUAACGCCGACCUGCGCUGCGCCAACCUCGAGGGCGCCAUGAUGAGCGGGGUCAUCUUGGGCGGCGCCGUGCUCAACGGCACGAACCUUUUUGCCGCCUCGCUGAGCGGCUCGUCUUCCCUCACGACGGCGUCGUUUGCCGGUGCAGAGAUGCGCGACGCCGAUCUCACUAACGCCAACUUGGAGCAUGCGCGCUUCGACGGCGCCAUCAUCGAGGGCGCGGACUUUUCGUCCUCGACGCUCCCGUUCGCCAGCUUCGUCGGCGCAAGGAUGUACGCGGCCAAGUUCGACCAAGCCAAGCUGUGGGAGGCAGACUUCUCGCGGACGGCGCUGCCCACCGUCGACUUUAAUAAGGCGGAGCUCACGCGCUCUGACUUCUCGGGCGCGUCGCUCCACUCGUGCGUCUUCUCCAUGGCAAACAUCGAUGCCUGCAUCUUCACCGGCGCUACGCUAGUGCAGGUCGACCUCUCCGGGUAUGUU